GCUGCCGUCCCUACUCCAUCCCCCCCUGUGAGCACCACGUCAACGGCUCCCGGCCACCGUGCACCGGAGAGGGAGGGGAAACCCCCAGGUGCAGCCGACGCUGCGAACCCGGCUACUCGCCCUCGUACAAAGAGGACAAGCACUACGGCAUCACAUCCUACGGUGUCCCUCGUAGCGAGAAGGAAAUCAUGGCUGAGAUCUACAAGAACGGCCCGGUGGAAGGAGCCUUUAUUGUCUAUGAGGACUUCCUGAUGUACAAGUCUGGGGUCUACCAGCACGUCUCCGGCGAACAGGUUGGAGGCCACGCGAUCCGGAUCCUGGGCUGGGGGGUGGACAACGACACUCCGUACUGGCUGGCCGCCAACUCCUGGAACACCGACUGGGGGGAAAACGGCUUCUUCAAAAUCCUCCGAGGAGAGGACCACUGCGGCAUCGAGUCCGAGGUCGUGGCUGGCAUCCCUAGCACGGAGCAGUACUGGAAGAGGGUGUAACCUUGAUCAAACCACCAAUAAUCCUGAGUCCCCGAUGCUUUUAACUGAUAGCGGGUUGGGUGCAGAGCCCCCCUUCUAAGAGACUAUAGUUAAGGUUACUUUAUUAAAGCUUUUUAUCUUUUUUUUUUUUUU